GUGAAAAAAUUAGGACCCAAAGAUUUCAUGUCUUUAGAAAGAAUUUGGACUCUGAUUUGCAACAAUUAUUUGAAAAGAUUAAGAAUAACCAAGAAAUUGAGCUCAAUAAGGUGGAAGCCGAAACAUCGUCCCUUCUGGAUCAAACUUUUACAGAGUCAGUCGAAUUCUUCCGGUCAGAAUUGGAUAUUGAUAACGACAUCGCAAAGGAACAAGCAAAACUCCAGAACACGGAAGUCGCCGUGAAAUAUUUAAAAUCAAGACUAAGUAUUCCAAUUGAAAGCAGAAUUGGCCAGUCGCUCCUGGAGAAAUUAAGGGAGACACUCCCUAUAAAAUUUGAAGAGGUCGAAAAGGACGUCGUUAGAGAACGGCAAGAAUGCGAAACAAGUUACAAAGACGCCGUGGAAGAAGGGUACGAUAUUUACGUUCAAGAUAUUGUACAUUUUAUUGGGAGUAAUUUCUGCGAGGAGGACGAACUGGAUGAAAAGCAUCCUGACUGGAAAGAAAAAGCAAUCGCAACUCUCUCCGCAUACUUCAAGACUGCUAUCCACCCUAAUCAUGACAAAUUCGUGGCUCAACUAGAUCAGAAAAUUGAGAAAUAUUAUGAAGAAAACAAAUUGCAUAAUUCAGAGAAAAGAAAUCUCGCCAUAUCAAAAGCACAGAAUGCGGUUCAUGAACACCAUCAAGCUUAUCAGAAAGAAAUGAUGAAUAACUUAAAUCUCGCCAAAGACGAAGAUCAUUUCACGGCGCUUCACGAAGAAGCUGUCACUGCAGCGAUUACAUCGUUUAAGACAAGCUGUUUGAGUCUGAAUUCAUCAAUAAUUGACCCACUUCUAGAGGAACUCAAUAACAGCAUGGACACAACUUUCAACGACGAGCUGUUGGACGUGUUUGACUUAAAACUAAUGGAAAGAGAAAUCGGAACCACUUCCGCUAUCGCAGACGCUAGAAAGCUUUAUCGAGAAGAGAUGGAAAAGCACUACAAAAAUGCCGAGUUCAUGCGUCCAAAAGAUUUGGAGGAGCUGCACAAGAGCAUGUCAACCCUCGCCAUUGACAAAGCCAAGGAGAAAGCACCAAUAUCCGAAAUCCAGCUCGCAGACUUGGAGGCAGCUUUACUCGAAACCUUUGACGUUUACCGAGAGCAAAAUGAUAUGAAUGUUCCUGUCGACCCUGCCAUCGGGAUAGAUUUGGGAACUACUUACUCAUGCGUCGGAGUGUAUUUGAACGGCCAAGUCCAAGGAAAAAACACGCUCCCUUCCUACGUCAGCUACAAAGACAAUGGGAGCGUGUCAGCUGUCGGAAUUCCAGCCAAGGAAACUUCUUACGAUAACGCCGAGAACACCGUGUUCGACGCGAAACGAAUCAUUGGGCGAAGUUUUGACGACCCUGUCCUCCAAAAUGACAUGAAAUACUGGCCAUUCACCGUCGUGGAAGAGAAGCAAGUCCCAAAGAUUGAGAUCGGAAGUAAGAAACUUUUCCCGGAACAGGUCUCCGCCGAAAUACUGAAAGAAAUCAAGACGGCUGCAGAAAAAUAUUUGAACUGCAGCGUGGAGAACGCAGUCAUCACUGUGCCAGCCUAUUUCAACGACGGGCAACGCCAAGCAACGAUCGACGCUGGUGAGUUGGCAGGACUUAAAGUUCUCAACGUGCUAUCAGAGCCUGUCGCAGCUACGGUGGCAUACAAACUGCAACAUACCGACGACUCUCAACGCCACGUGUUGACCUUCGACCUAGGCGGAGGCACCUUUGAUUGUGCCAUUAUCAAAAUUUCUAAAGGAAAGAUAGAGACCCUUGCAGUGGAUGGAGAUGCGCAUUUGGGUGGAGAAGAUUUCGACCAGAACUUGAUGAAAUAUUGCGCCCUCCAAUUCCAGGUAGACCAUGGCAUUGACCUCAUGGAUGGGAAGGAUUCGACCACUAGCGACAAGACAAGAGUUGACGUACGAAAACGCCUCAAGCGCCUCCAGCUUGAAUGCGAACGGAGGAAAAUCGCUCUCGCAUCGUGUCGAUCAGUGGACGUGGCUGUAGACGGAAUUUGGAACGAGGCAGGUGUUUCGACAGAUCUCAAGGUCAACGUGACCAGGGAACAAUUUGAGCUGAUGAAUUCAGCUUUGUUCGAGAGGACGAUUACGAUUGUGGACAGAUGUCUGAAAAGUGCUGGAUUGAGCAAGUGGAGUAUUGAGGAUAUCGUGCUGGUGGGUGGGUCGACACGGAUACCGAAAGUGCAAGAAUUGCUGAGCGACUAUUUUGAGGGUCGGGCCCUUAAUCAUACGAUAAAUCCGGAUGAGGCAGUGGCUUAUGGGGCUGCGGUACAGGCGGCAGCAUGGAAAACUUGCACAGGAGUCGAUGGAUUUCAAUAACAUUCAGGACGUUACUCCAAUGUCGCUUGGCAUAGAGGUUUAUGGCGGAGGAUUUUCUGUCAUUAUUCCAAAGAAUACAAAAAUCCCGAUCAAGUUCAAGGAGCAGUACAGGACGGCGCAUAAUAACCAAACCUCGGUCCAAAUUACCGUCUACCAAGGAGAAGCUGAUGUCGCUAAAGAUAAUAAUUGGCUGGGAGAGUUCUUAUUGAACAAUAUUCCACCGGAGGAUGCUGGCAAGGAGAAGAUAGAUGUCACGAUGGAAAUUAAUAUGCAAGGAGUACUGCAUGUCACUGCUGUUUGCACGAGCACAGGGGAUAAGGAUUCCAUAAAAGUAAUUGAGUAUAAGAGAAGGAUGGGGAAGGAUCAGAUUAAACGGAUUUUGGAUGAGGCCAGACCAGGAGGAGCUUAAUUGACUACUUCAAUUAUUUACAUAAUAUUAGUAAAUCAUAAAAAGUAUGAAUAACUUACCAAUUUUUUCUGUCACUCUGAAAGAGUAUUUUGCAUAAUUAUUUAAUUAAUAAAAACUAUUUGAUGUGAAACAUAGUAAAACAUACAAUCUUCUCCUAAGCAGGCUCAUACAGUUCAAUAUAUUAUGAUCAUUUCAAUUAUUGAUUCAAUGAUAGGCAUAUUUAGUUUAAUUGCAUAAUUAUUUAUGUUUCUGGAUUCUCCUCUAAAUUUGGGUAUGUUCUUAAAAAUAUUUUUACACUCAACAACAACAUGGUUUAUGGUUUACUAUAAUCUUUCGUGAAUUUCAUGGUUUUAUAAAUCAGGGAACGGAGCUCAGGAUGGAGAUGGAUACAAUCGUGAAGAAGAUACAAACCCCACAACUGGAAACAAGGAACGAUGGAUAUCAUUAAAAACUCAUUUCUUCUCCCAGCUCUGAAAUUGGAUGACCAAAAAUUUGAAUUUAUAUUCCUCCUGGAUAAUUCAGGAUCGAUGGCAGGAGCACCAAUAGAACUGGCGAAGAAAGCUUUAAAUCUCAUCCUGCACUCAUUGCCGGCCACUUGUUAUUUCAACAUUAUCACGUUCAACUCGUCCUUUCAUCCACUUUUCUCCCAAUCCAUUCCAUAUAAUGGGGAAAACUUGCAGAACGCUAAAGUACUUGUGAAUGAUUCCAGGAUAUCUAACCCAGAUUUUUUCCAUUACCGAUGGCCAGGUUGAGAAUUGCGAUGCGGUUCUGAGUUUGGUGUCCUCCAUGGUGUCACAUUCUCGAAGUUUUUCCCUUGGAAUUGGAACUGGCGUCGACAGGAACUUGGUUAUUGGGAUAGCUGAGAACGCCGGUGGCAUGCAUGAAUUUGUGACUUAUGAUGAAAAGAUUGAGUCCAAGAUUUUAAAUCAACUAAAAAUUGCCCAGAAACCUGCUCUCCUAAAGCCCAUCAGACUUGGCCCUGCUCAGCUCAUACUGGACGGGUCGUAUUGAUGGCAAAUUCUAUCCAUAUUAAUCGGAAUUUUCUGGAUUUCUUAAAUGGAAACAGUGGAAACUAAUGUAAUAAAGAGAUGAAAUAUA